CCCCGCGACCCGGAAGCGGUUCUUGGGGAGGCGGGCAUGUCUGAGAGGGUGGGGCUUUCGACGCACACGCCCCGGGCUUCAGCGCUGGUUUCCUAACUCAGCUGGUUGCGGCAUCUGUGGGAAAAGUGUGGGUGGGUCUAGGGGGAGCCGCGCCAAUGGCCUCCGUGCUGUCCUACGAAAGCCUGGUCCACGCCGUGGCCGGAGCCGUGGGAAGCGUGACAGCCAUGACAGUGUUUUUCCCCCUGGAUACAGCUAGACUUCGACUUCAGGGAGUGGUUAACGUGUUGCUAACAACUCCACUCUGGGUGGUAAACACCAGACUGAAGCUGCAAGGGGCAAAAUUUAGGAAUGAAGACAUUGUACCAACAAACUACAAAGGUAUCAUUGAUGCUUUUCAUCAGAUCAUUCGAGAUGAGGGAAUCUUGGCUUUAUGGAAUGGCACAUUUCCCUCCUUGCUGUUGGUCUUCAAUCCUGCCAUCCAGUUCAUGUUUUAUGAAGGUUUAAAACGGCAGCUUUUAAAGAAACGGAUGAAGCUUUCUUCUUUGGAUGUGUUUAUCAUUGGUGCAGUAGCCAAAGCGAUUGCCACCACGGUCACCUAUCCCAUGCAGACGGUACAGUCAAUUCUGAGGGUGAGUGCUGGGGUUCUCUUCACAUUUAGUCCAACAGCGUUUUAUUAUAUGUCAUGUUCUCUGAUGCAGGAGUUGACUUCUGUUUCUUCAAACCUCUUUCCCUUUAGACGUUUUGGAAUAAUGGGACUCUACAAAGGCCUUGAAGCCAAACUGUUGCAGACAGUCCUCACUGCUGCUCUCAUGUUCCUUGUUUAUGAGAAACUGACAGCUGCCACCUUCACAGUUAUGGGGCUGAAGAGUGCACACCAACACUGAGACGCCGUCCCAUGAAAAAUUCCGAAGAUGCUCAAAAGGGAGGUUUCCUCCUGAGUAAAGAGAAGUGAUUCUCCUUUGACUCGCUCCUGCCACCACAAACGUUACCCUCAUUGGCUUGAAAAGCAUCCAAGGGUGAACAGGGAGUAUGGCCACCUGAACCUGUUGUCACCUUAAUUGUUAUGCUGGCUGGUUGGAUUUUUGGGGUGGCAGUUGGACUAAUAUGGAAAAAAACAUUGUUGAAAACCUCAAUAUGAAAGUUUUUGAGUGUUUAUUGGUUAAGAGAAAUGGACUAUUUUGCUCUCGUAUAUCAUCUUUUCUAUUUAAGUUUUUCUUAAAUAUACCAGCUGUUCUCUUUCCAUGAACUCUCCCGCAGGUUCUAGGACAAAUUUAAUAACAUGUAAUUCUCCUCAAAUACUUUUGUAUGUGUCAGUGUUGGUAUUUUCCUCUCUCAAACUAAUAUUAGGACUUCGCCAUGGGCAUGACUUUGUUUUUCUUGGGCUUUUUUUCUCCUGCUUAAGGAGAGGUGUCUUUUUUAUUUUUAGGAUAUGAGCUAUUUAUUUUGUGAGAUGAAAAUUGUUAAUCCCAAAUGAUUCUUUUACAAACUAUUUGUGAAUGUCACUUAUUCAUUAGUGUUUGACAUAAUUUUUAAAAUAUUUAUUUUGAAUCAAUCCUUUCAUUACAAAAGCCUUGAGGUUUGUGCCCAUCCACACAAGCCCUGGUCAGUCAAGUCCCAAUAAAUGGUCAACACAAACAAGA